AUGACUGUCACCAAGGCUUCCACCUGCUGCGGCAAGAGCGCCGAGUGCGUCUGUGGUAUGUACUUCUCAUCCCCUGAUCCCCCGAUCCCUCAACUUCAACAUCAUCUCGACAUCCCUCUCGUCCUUGAACACAAUAUCAUUCUCAAACCAUCCAUAACCGACAAUGACACUACCAAAACUUUACAAGCUAACCCGUCUUGCUCCUCAGCCCAGCAAGCUACCUGCUCCUGCGGCAAGCAGUCUGCCCUCCACUGCACCUGCAGCAAGGCCGCCUCCGAGAAUGCUGUCGCCGGACCUCGCUGCUCGUGCAGAGCCCGCCCCGUUGGAGAAUGCACUUGCGACCGUGCCGCCACAGAGAACACUAAGCCAUCCGGCGAGACCUGCUCCUGCGGAUCUCGUCCCGCAGAUGCCUGCACAUGUGAUAAGGCAGCCACAACCACGUAUGACCGAUCUGAGCACGAGAUCGACUUCACCACCCGCCAGUAA